UAUCAUAUAUUGUAUUCUAUCCGCACUAAUACAACGACCAUCUACGUAUGAUACAUUCAUACGAUCUGUAAAUUUUCACAAACUGACCCACUCGUCGACGUCGAUGUCCAUCGAUCAUCAUGGACAUGGUCUAGAAUAUCGUCGAUGAGGACUACCAUUGCCGAUCUGAAGACAGCGAGAAUAGACGACGUGUCACCGCAAUCGUUUGCCAAAUAGCAGUGCAAAAGGUAUUGACACUUUAUCUAACUACCCACGACGCCAUUCAGGUGAGACUCUACCUAUGCAUGAAUACAGCGUAGCAUUAAAUACAUUUUAUUCAUACUCAUUUAUAUUUAAAAUGAUGCCGGAAUAAGCCACUUAUAUAAAUGGUGGUCAAUUGACCAUUGUUUUAAAAAUGUCUGUCUAUUAUCACCGAAACUGUUGUCGUGUUUGCUGUCGAGUAAUGUCGACUUCAAGUAUCCCGAUCGGGAUUGUGCAAUAACGAGAUUUUUUUAUCUGGCUGGUUCGCGUCUGUGAUUACCAGUCGGCAAGUUUUACUUCUAUUUUUUCAGAACGAACGAGUCGGGUCCCAAUUUCACUGGUUGAGAUUCAGCUUUUUCCACUCUGAACACCAAAUUAUUUUAUCCCGUUUCCAAUAUGAACGCUAAUUAGAUGUGAUUCUGCAAAGCCCAUUGAAAAUAUCAUUGUUCAUUACCCAAAAGAUACCUGUGUCUGGCUUGCUGAUAACAACAAUAUAAUAUAAUAUAUACGUAGAUACACAAUCAAACAUCGAUCUAUAUGUAUUAUGGAAAAUUUACAAAACCCGUGAUACUUGAUGUAUCUACGCGCAAGUAAACCCUGCAGCCGACGUUUAUUCAAUGAAAAGCUACAAAAAUUGUACACUCAUCAUUAAAAAAAGAAGUGAUUGAACGUUGCAGUUAAUUCUACUACAGUACUAAUCAUUUCGAAUUAAAUUGGUCAUUCAGCAAGCUAAUAAUGUAGUUGUUCACGGAGUAAUGAAAUAAAAUAACACCCAGAAAUUUCAAUUUUCAACUCACUUCAUAACGUUCUAUAGUUAAAAGACGGCGCAGAGCAAUCGUCAACGAGUAUAUGUGCAAUAACAAAAACGGUGUUUUCGUUGCUACCGUCGUUGGUGUGUGCGUUGGCUGUAAAGGAGAAUGAACGUGUAUAACAGAACGACAUAUUAUUAAACUGUUACGCAAAAGUGACUCUCUCUCAACGACAGAAACUGAGGGGAAUCGAAUCGUGGUGGCGAAGGGUGAACAUCCCCCAACGAUUCACCCUCCUCGUAGAAGCCACCACCCUUUCCAAACCCUUCGCGAAUAACCCAUCGCGUAAUUAAUACGGCGAACGUUACAAUGAUACCAAAUUAUAAAUACGACGAUUAUAAAAAUUAACGGCGACAUCGAAGACGAUUUUUAAUAAUAUGUUAAUUAUCAUAAUAUGAGUCGUAUGUAUGGGUCCGGUCGUUGAACUUAAUAUCGAUUCCCGUUCAUUGAAUUGUGAUAGACUUUCAAACGGGAACGGACCCCCGACGGUGUGAGAACCGAUGCGAUGACGACCACAAGUACACCAUGCCUCGUUAAUAAUAAUAACAAUAAUAAUUAUUAUUAUUAUUGUUUUAAAGGAUUAAGGAUUAAGAAAUCCUUUGUAAUAAAUGCGUCCUAUUGUAUGACUACCGUCCUGAUGAUAACGCACGAACAUGAUAACGGCUGAUUGACAUGAACGCUAUCGUAAGGUUGGUGGCAAACCAGGACACUGGUCUGUUAUAAAUCCCAAGGCCACCACUUCCGCCACUACUGUCUGAAUUGUACACAGUCAACUACUACGUUAGUUGCAGCCCACCACUGGCCUGGUCCGCUCGUGGCGUGUCGCUAACGUCCGUUCAGCGUCGAUCCGGUUAUCGUCGGCAUUCGUCGCUGCUCACUGCUCAGUGCUCAGUCGUCACUCGUACGUGCUAGACGGUGGUUGUUCAGUGUGCUGUUACCCCCAUACCGGGCCGUAUUAUGACUCCGCAACAUUUAGAAGUCAUUGAGACCAAGACAAUAAGGCCGUUUAAAUAUCCAAGACUUGCACUUGAUGGGUACCUGUACCAUUUUCACAAAAAAUGCACCCAUCACCUCCGAUGGAAAUGCAAUCGUGUUUAUUCUUUGAAAUGCCCGGCUGUGCUCAGAACGAACAUGGACAAGUAUGAACUAGAGCACAUCGCCGUAGAUCACGAACACGUUCAUGGGCCAGACUUCAUCGCAAUCGAAGCAUUAAAAGCGAGAUUAAAUGUACAAAAACAAUCGUCCUUAUUCAAUAAAAAUGCCUGUUUUAAACAAAAGAAUUUGGACGGAUUUUUUGAAGAAAUUGACUUACCUAAGAUUAUUAAAAAUAAUCCAGUCAGAUUUUGUGCUUCUUCAAAAGAAAUUUUUUUUACUGACCCACUUGAUCCUGAUUGUAAAAAUGGAAACACAGAAAAAUAUGAAGACUUAAUAAAAAAUAAUGACUCAAUAGAUGCAAUUUUCAAUUUUGAAAAUUAUCCAUUUAAUAAAUUAGAUCAAAAAGAUAAUAAAAAUCAAAUUGGAAUCAACUUAAAAGAUGGCAUAAUGAAAAAUCAUACAAGCUAUUCUUUUAACGAAGAGCUCAAAGACGUUAACCAAAUUUGUCAGGCAACAUCACUAAAUGAACAUAAUAUGACUAUCAAUAAUCAGAAAAAUAAUACUCAUCAAAAUGAAAGGGCUUUACUUACAAAUACAUAUGAGAAAAAAAAUACUUCUACUACUAACACUUAUAAAAAAAUAAGUCAUUAUACUACUAAUGCUCGAAAAGUCAAAAAUUCUUUGAUUACUAAUAUUAAAAAAAAAAAAUAUACAUUGAUUAAUAAUAAAUAUUCUUUGAUUAAUAAUAAAAACAAAAGAAAUUAUAUUUUGUCUAAAAAUAAUCAGAUACAAAAAAAUAUGCUAAUUUCUAACAAACGCACACUCAAAAGAUCUUUGAUUACAAAUACAAAUAAGAGAAAAAAAUUUAAGACUACUAAUAAACAAAAAAAUAAAAGUACAUUAAUCACAAAUGCUUGUAGACAAAUAAUUCCUUCAAAGGUUAAACUAAGAAAAUACACUUCAAAAUUUAUAAAUCAAAAUUCACCCAUAAUUAUAAAUACAACUACUACUACAAGUACAUCUACGAUUAAAAGUAUACCUACAAUUAUAAGUACUCCUAAAAUUUUAAGUACUCCUACAAUUGAAAAUGCAACUGAAAUUAUAAGUACACCUAAAGUUACAAGUACAUCUACAGUUAAUAGUUUACCUUCAAUUAAAAUUACACAUAAUAUGAUGGAAAGAUGUUUGGACAAGGAUAUAAAAACUGAAAAUGAAAGUAUUAGUGAUAGUGAUGACGAUUUUAGUUUUGGUUUUAAUAAAGCUAAUUAUAAUGCAGUUAUUGAUGAUGAUGAAGAGACUAAUAUUAAAAUUAAAACACUUGAAUUAGUGCAAGAAGAUUAUAUGUACCACUUAUUGUAUAGUAAAAAAAAUUGGUCAACAGCUUUAAAAAUACUUAGUAAUCCUUUGGUAGGAAUUAAGGUAUUUGAAAAUAUUUUAUUGAUCAAAGUAUUAAUUCGAUUAAUGAAAGGAAAUAAUAGAACUAAAAGACAAAUUCGUUCAUUAAAUAAACGUAACGAUCAUUGGAAAUUAAAGUUUGAUUGUUUGGAGCAUAAAAUAAAAACAUUAGUAAAUAGUACAAGAAGUGAUAGAAAUAUAAGAUGUACUAGUGUUAUAAAUAAAAAAGCAAAGGAUACAGCAUUGUGUACAAAUAUUGAAGUUCAUAAGCAAAAAAAUAAUUCUGGUCUAAAAGAAAAAGUUUCCACAGAAUUAAAAAGUAAUGUUACACUAGAAAAUUUAAAAACUUCAAAAUUAUAUCAAUAUUUUAAUAGUCAAAACAAUUUCUCAUCCAAAUGUGGUUCAGAUAUUAUGACAAGUAAACCUGAAGAAAUAAAAACGAAUAUAUCUUCUACACCUGUGAUGGUUGAUUUAAUUAAAGAUAUCCCAGAAAAUGUAAUUAUUUCAAGAUUAAGUCCAAAACCAAAAUUUGAUACUCAACAAAACAAUUUAACUCAAUCUGACUCUGAUAUUAAAAUGAUUCAAUCAAAUUUUAUUAAAUCAAAUGAAAAUUUUUCUCCAGUAUCAUGUAUUUCAAAAGCUUUAAAUUUAAGCUCAAAAUCAUUAAAAAGGAAAAUAUCUAAUUUGAUUCAAAACAACACAAGUAUUGAGAUUAAAUCUAAAUUUAGAAAAUAUAAUGGACUUUCUUCUCUAGCAUCUAAUGAUUUAAUUAUGGAAAGUCUACCAGAUAUUAUGCUUUCAAGAUUUGGACCAAAAUUCUUAAAUAGUCAAACAACAAAUUCUACUCAACAUAACACAGCUAUUAAUAUGACUGAAUCCAAUAUAAAUAAGUGUUAUGAAUCAUUUACUCCAGCAUCCAUUGAUGUAAUUGUAAACAAUCUUCCAAUGAUAAUAAAUUCAAGGUUAAUAGGUGAAAAAAACAUUUUUACUCAAUUUAACAAACAUACGGAGACAAUUCCUUCUAUUUCAAUAUCUAAUGAUUUAAAUAGUGAUGUUCCAACAUUUUCAAGUUCAUCAAUGAGAGCAGUAACUUCUUUGAAUGAUAAUUUAUUAUUCAAUAAAGAAAUUAAUCCUGCUUUGAGCAUGGUUGCUCCAUCAAAUGUAGAGGUACUUAUGUUUGAGAAAAAUUUAGAAAUUUCGACAAAAGAUUCAAAAAUGAUAAAUCAAAAAGAGUGGGAGAGCCCUAGAAAAUUGACAGUUCGCUCGGAUACAGAUCCAUCAAUGAGUACAACUGUUAUUCUUCCAUUUGCAUUAAAGCGAUUAUCAAAAUUAAAUAAUCAUUCACCAUCACAAUAUCCAAUGUUAAAUAAGCUGCUUACAAAACCUAAUACAAUUUUAAAAUUGGAUAAAAAAGAUAAAUUAAAUACACCCCUUAUUCCUGUUCAAAUGAAAACACCAUUGCCUGAUGUUGUUUAUGAAAGCACUCAAAUAAUGAAUAAAAUUAAUUUUGAAGAAACCAUUCAAACAAAUCAUUCUUAUGAUCAUCAAAAAUCACCAAACCAGAUCAAAUCUGUGCCUAAAGCUAUUCCACUACCAUCUCCAGAAAUAAUUAAUGAUUUUUCAAACGAGGUAUAAAUUAUUUGUAUUUAUAACAUAAGGUAUAAACUAAAAACACUUUUAGUGUUGGUUUUAUUUUGUCUUUGAAAAAAAAUAAAAAAUUAGUCAAUUAUUAACUAGCUUUUCGUUUGUUUCCUUUAUUAUAUUUUAACUUUAUAUAUUUCAUAAAUGUAAUAUUAUAAUAAAUAGGUACCAAAAGAGUGGUUAUGACCCUUGAGAAAUUUUUAUGGUUCUAUAUUUUAUUUUAUGUCAGUGUAACCACAAAUUUAUUUUACUAAAUCUGUAGUAUAACUUGAUAUCUGUGUUAAUUUGUUAAAUAUUAUCUAUUAUAUAAAUUUAUAACAGAAACCUUAAAAAAACGCAAUGAUUUACUUACGUAAUUUGAUAUGAUAUCUUGUAUGAAAGUAUUCUGUGUGCUACUUUAUAUCCAAGCAUGCUCUUUCUUUUUUAUGUGAUGAUGAAUUUAUUAUAAAAUAAGGAACUAUAUUAAGGGUUUAAUUUUAAAUAAGAUUUUUUUAUUAUUUAAAGAGUGUCCUAUAUUCUUAUAACAAUAAAAACUUUUAAACUUUUUUCAAAAUAAAAUUCCACCUUUUUUACUAUGAACUGUGAAGCAUUUAUUUAUUUAUUUAUAAUACUCAUAUAGCUGUAUCUAAAUUAAAAUUUGAACGAGUGGUGUCGUAUAAUGUAUAUAAUAAUUUACUAAAAAAUAUAUUGUUCUUGUAAAUUUUUUUAUAUAAAUAUAAAAUGUAGUAUUAUUGUUUGUAUAGUAUUUAAUCUAGUACUUUUAUACUUAGGCAAUGUUAAAAAAUUAUAAAAAAGUCGAUGAAGAAGAUUUUGAUUUAUCAAUAGUGUAUUCCGGGGUGUAUUCAUUAUAAUGAUAAUAAAUAUAGCUAAACAUAAAUGUAAAUAUAUAAUAACUUAUUCAUAGGAAAUAUCCUUAUGAUAUAUUGUAUAUUAUUGUAUAUUUUUAAGAUUUUCAUAAACCUGUUAAAAGUUUUUCUGUAACAUUGCUUGCUUUUUAAAUAUUUAAGUACACUUUAUAGCAAUUCAUAAUAAUGUUUAGAUAUUAAUGAUAUUUUUAUUUUAGAAUACAUUUUAAAAUACCAUAAAUAGCAUUUUUAUUUAAAAAAAUGAAAAUAUAUUUUUUUAUAUCUAUAAUUCAUUGUAUAUUACAUUUAUUGGGUUCAAUUAAAUUAAUGCUUCUAGAAGAGAAGUUUCAGGAAAUUGUUUUUCAAAUAGAUGUUUUAUUGGCUAUAGUGGUAUAGUAUGUUUUGAAUUUCAACCCCUCAUAUAUUAACUAUGUAUAAUUUGCUCUACAAAAAAUUGUACAUGGUAUUUCAUUGAUUUAUUGUAUUCACUACACAUAAUCUAGUCUUCUAUUAUUUUAUUUUAUGUUAUUACUGUAUUAAAAUAAUAUUUUAUAUGUUUUAUAA